AUGGCUGCAGAUUCUGAGAAGAUGAACCUGGACACGUUCUACACGGCUGUGCAGAAAGGUGACGUGCAGACUGUGAGGAGGGGGCUGGAGGCUGGGGUGGACGUCAAUGUCAGGAGGGAAUGGGAAUACUUGCCUGCCCAGACACCCCUCCAUGUGGCCAGCGAGUACGGGCAGACUAAGGUGGCGGAGCUGCUGAUUGAGCAUAAAGCUGAGGUGGAUGCGAGGGGCGGGUUGUAUGACUCGACACCCCUCCAUGUGGCCAGUGGGUGCGGGCAGACUGAGAUGGCGGAGCUGCUGAUUGAGCAUAAAGCUGAGGUGGAUGCGAGGGACGAGUAUGACUCGACACCCCUCCAUGUGGCCAGCCGGUACGGGCAGACUGAGAUGGCGGAGCUGCUGAUUGAGCAUAAAGCUGAGGUGGAUGCGAGGGACGAGUCCGGCUUCCGAAAAGGGGACGGCACCGUCCUGCAGCUGAUCCGACUAGUCGAUGACUGGACCAAGUCCAUCGAUGAUCCGGACAUCUGUUGCACAGCAGCUGUCUUCCUUGAUCCACUUGUCCCCUCUACAAGAGGCACACAGUCAUCUUCAAGGUUCCUACUUCGAAACAACACCCAUCUCCAUGUCCCACGCUGCAGGACUCAGACUUACAAAACAAGCUUCGUCCCGUACACGUCAUCCCUGUGGAAUCAACUGCCCCAGGUCGUCAAGGACGCCCCUACUCUUGUCGCCUUCAAGUCUGAGUGCAAGAAACAUCUGCUGACGCAAAGGAAACACCAGACGUAUCGCAGUCUCGGCUCAAGACAGAGCAACAUCUAUGCUGCCAGACUGCGCAUGGGAUGGAGCCAACUUAACUCUACUCUGCAUAAGAUGAGGAUUAAGGACAAGAAGUGUGAUUUGUUGAACCCGCCACUACUGACCCUGACAUUCCUCCCUGUACAGCAGCAGGACACACCCCUGCAUUGGGCUGCUCUCAUGGGCCACCCCGGGACUUGUGAGCUUCUGAUUCGUCACGGGGCAGACGUGAUGGCACGGAAUAAGGACCGGGAGUACACACCCUUGCAUCAGGCUGCUAUCUGGGGCCACACCGGGACUUGUGAGCUUCUGAUUCGUCACGGGGCAGACGUGACGGCCAGGGAUAAGGGUGGGAAGACUCCGUUAGAUUUAGCUGAAAACCGAGAGACUCGACGUGCCAUAAAGGACGCGGUGCGAGAGAAGUCGUACCACGAGUUGCUGCAGAAGUCUGGCGGAGUGAAGGUCAACAGGUGUAAGGUGUUCGUGUUUGGGAUGGCGGAAACUGGGAAGUCUACGCUGAAGAAAAGCCUUAAAAGGGGCCCCGUGACUGCAUUUUUCCAAGGACUGAGCAAACCGUCGUCUGAAGAGGAGCCUCACGACCCCACCCCAGGGGUGGAUGUUGGGACAUUCCAUAUUCCAGGGGUGGGGGAGGUCAGCCUGUGGGAUUUUGCUGGGCAGGCGGAGUACGCGGUGACCCACAGCAUGUUCAUGGGUGCAGAGAACACCGUCUUCAUUGUGCUGUACAACAUCAUGGACGACAGCGAGGAGCAAGAACGACAGGUCCACUGGUGGCUGAGUUUCAUCAAGUCCUGCAACCCAAACCGGCAGCCUGACGUCAUCUUAGUGGCCAGCCAUGCAGACAAAGUGUCCCGAGACAGAGGACAACGCCAAGCUGCUCACCUUCUUCGGCUGAUGACAUCAGAGUUCCAAGAUCACCUCCACAUCUCAGACGAAGUCUUCCUAAUGAACUGUAAGGAGACCCGAACAGCUGACAUGGACCGGCUCAAGAAACUGCUGGCCACGAUGAAGAAGGACAUGCUACAGCACCAGCGCCAAAUGCCCAAACUAUGCGCCGAAAUCACCAAGCAGCUGCCCAGCUGGUGUAAGAAGAAGUGCAGCCCGAAGUGUCCGGUACUGAGGUGGCCAGGCUACGUGGAAGCAGUCAAAGAGAUCGACCCACAUGUGGAGGAGGAAUUCCUGCUGAAGUCUACAAGAUUUCUGGACCAUCUGGGAGAAACUAUCUUCAAAUGUCCGAGUUCUUCCGAUCCCAUCAUUGUCCUGAAGCCCAACUGGCUCUGCACAGACGUCAUCGGUCCAAUGAUGGCACCAGUCAACUUCCCCAUUCCCCGCCCGGAGAUAACAAGCGAAGACUACGUCACCAGGGCCGAGAUCCAGCGCGUCUUCCAAGACGUUGCUGACGUGGAUCUCCUCAUCACCCUGCUGCAAGAGUUCCAGCUCUGCCACUCCUAUGACGGACAGACCUUCAUCUUCCCAGGGCUGCUGACACAAACCAUGCCUCCUGACAAGUGGCAACCAACACCUGAGCCAAAGGUGGUCUACUUUGGCAAGCAAGUCCAGUGUGCCGACUCAACUGACAUGUUCUCCUCCGGGUUCUUCCCCCGAGUGCAGACCCGCCUGAUGAGGGAGCUGGAGAAUCGCCCGCUGCUGUGGAGAGAUGGCGCCAAGUGUGCGGACAGGAAUGUGGAAGGUCUGAUCAAACUCUCUCCGGACGGUCGUGCAGUCAACAUCUGUGUUCGGAGUGCGCAGGGUGACAAGGGGCAGUGUGGCAAGAUGCUGCAGCAGCUGGAGAACAUCAUCGCUGAUGUGCUGGAUGAUUGCAGCCCAGGAACAGGCACAGUAGAGAAGGUACUCAGCGCUCGUGCUCUGAAGGAACACAGGGAGGAAUUCUACUCCUACGGCAAGGAGGAGAUCAGCAAGGCAGCAGCAGAGGGCGGUACAAUCCUCCAUCCCACCCUCGGGUUCACGGAACAGGUCAGUGACCUGCUGUGUGUAGAGGAUGAGAACCCGCUCACCAGGAACCGCCCAGAGCUGGUCCAGGCCUUGCGGCACGUGGAGCCAAUCCUGGACCGUCUCCAGUCACGCGGCAUUCUCAGUGAGGAGGAACGGGACCGGAUCAAGGCAAAGGAAACUCCCCAAGACCAGGCAAGGGAACUGUUGGACACCGUGGGAAGGAAGAGCGUACAAGCACGUGAAGAGUUCAAGGCUGUGCUGGAGGAGGUGAACCCGCAUGCUGCCGGACUGAUCCAAGAUGGCGCCAGUGACCUGCUGCGUGGAGGAGACGAAGACCCGCUCAUCACGAACCGACCGGAGCUGGUCCGGGAUCUGACGUCAUCCUACGUCAUGGAGAGAAUCCUGAACCAUCUCCUGUCACGUGGUCACCUCAGUGACGAGGAGUGUGACGUCAUCAGGGCCAACAGAACAGCUCAUGACAAGGCGAGGGAGCUGCUGGACACCGUGGGGAGGAGGGGCGCGGCUGCACGGCGUGCGCUGAAGGACGUCCUGGGAGAGGUCAGCCCGCACCUGGCCGAAAUGGUGGAGUAAGCCGAAAUGGUGGAGUAAGCCGAAAUGGUGGAGUAAGCUUUUAACUAUAGAAACUGUACUCGUAGUAGCAUUUAGCUCUACAGAUUGGUGACUUCAGGUGUUUGAAUAAGUUUAAAAAGUAAUCAUUUUAUGCGGAUAUUGGCUACAACCUAAUAAUUUUUAUUCCUUCAUUCUUUACAGUGCAUUAUUUGGGCAAAAACAAUUCAGCAUCUGUGACAA